ACUAGUACGACUAGCACAACUGGCACGACUAGUACAACUAGUACGACCAGCACGACUAGUACGACUAGCACAACUGGCACGACUAGUACGACUAGCAAGACUAGUACGACUAGCACAACUAGCACGACUAGCACCAUUUCAUCAUCAACAACAUCAUCGAGCUCAACUACGACUACAACUAAAACAGUAACAACAACAAGUGAGCCGAAGCUCUAUUAUGCUAUGUGAAUUCUAUGAGUCAGUCAUUAUGAAGUAGGACUCUAUAUAGGCUACAGGAUUUGGCCCAGCGAAACUUUUUUUGAAGUCCGACCGGUGCAUAGCUAUAUAUUGUUUAACCGGGCGGACCAUGUUUGAGUUAGACCAAUCUGGCUCGGACUAUCAUUUAAGUUUAAUAUACUCAGUCUUUUGUGAAAAAUUUCAAUUAUUGAAAAAAUUUACGAAAAUAUUUUAUACCAAAUUAAAGCUCAUCAAAAAUCGGUUCUAUUGGUACUAUAUAGUAAAAGUUAUACACAUCUUUUUAUGUCACAGUUAAGGUAGUUUAAAAAGUUUUAUACUUUUUAUUGGCCCAGAAAAUUAAAUGUUAUUUACUCAAAUAUGGAGUAAAACUAUUUUCUUGAAUAUUUUUACAUGGUUCAAUAGAACUCGUCGAGUUCUACAAAGCUGCAUCUUUUUGUAAUAAAAAAUUCAAAAAACUACUUGGAAAAUCUCAAAAAAAUGUCGAAAAAUUGAUUUUUUAUAGGAAAAAAAACACCAACUUUUUCAACAAGAUUAGCUUUUUUUCAUUGUUCUCAUAAAAGUUAAUAACUCAACUAUCAUUAUAUUAUUUGAAGAAGGAUCGAAUAACAUAGAGAGAUAAGACUCUUCUCGCUCUAUUAUACCAUACAGAAAAAAAGUUUCUUUAAUCUAACUAUACAGUAUUUAAAUGGGAAGUGGCUAUGUACACUCAAGUACACAGAGCCGCGUGGCUAUGUGCACUCAUUUGGGGGGGGGGGCAGAGAAAACAAAUUAAUUGAAAGUGGGGUUUUGAUGAAAGCUGCAGUACAAAUAGAGUACGGUGUGGACAAUGAAGGGGGACAAUGAGCGGCUGAGAAAAGUUUGGGAAAUGAACAUGGCACAAAAUAGGAUAUUGGAACGAUUUCGAAUGAGAAUGAGAAGGGCAACACGGAUAUUUCCGUUCCAUACACCUCAGGAAUCAUCUCCACACGCUCACUCAUACACUAGAACUAAUUUUUCUGCACGUACAUUCACUCACUGACACCCUCACGUGAUUCAACUCCUCAUUCCUUCUAUCAGCAUCUCAUCUCUUCAUCCAUAUCCAACCUACGCUCAUUUUGUUCAUUCAACUCUAUUACAUGGAUAUGCCAUCAUCAAUUAAAUGACUGAUCCCCCUCCAAAUGAGUACGCAUAGCCACACGACUUUGUACACUCGAGUGUACAUAGUCACACGGCUAUAUGUAUUUGAGUGUACAUAGCCACUUCCAUUCAAAUGCUAUUCAUAUCUCUUUUGAUAUUCUCUAAGUGAUUGAUCAACUUUAACUUUUUUUGUCAUAUUUAGCUAGUAGCACUACAACAACCGCAUCAACUAUCACGGUUACAUCGAAUGCAUGCACAUCAAAUUGGAAUAGUAUUACAUUACUUUAUCAUUGCUAUAACAGUUGUCCUUCUAGCAGUCAGUACGGACAAUACACAUAUACAUAUACAGCUAUUGCUAAUGUAACACGAAUUACAUUUGCAUUACGUAAUGAUUUGCACUUUUUUGGACUGGAUAAUAUAUCUAUAUGGAAUAAUGCAGCACCUAAUACUCAACUUAUUGUCAAUGGUGAUUUUGAGACAAACACAGUGACACCAUGGAUCUAUUGUAAUCCAUUUAAUGCAAAUUUUUCUGGAGAAAUAGCAACAGGAAAUGUUUAUGAUCAGAAUAAUUAUAGAUAUAUGCCUAAAUCUGGUUCAGACUUUUAUUUUGAUGGAGCUGUAGGAAAUCCCGAUUAUCUUAGUCAAACAUUUGUAACCACAAUCGGUAAUAUAUACACAAUAUCAUAUUGGCUACUCAACCCAAUCUCAACAAAUGUUAUUAGCGUUGAUGUUCUAAUGAGUAUUUAA